GCUCAAUAUCAUCUCUUUGGAACUCAUGACUUGCAAAAGAUACGUAAAGUUCAAAUUAUUAGGACUCGUCUCGCACAGCAACAUAUCUGAGUUUGCUGUGGAUGAUGAAUUCAUUGACCUCCUGAACUCUGUGCCUCAUCACAUAGCCGAGGGUAUUUUGGAACAGAUGAUGCAACCCAAAAGGCAAAUUUGGAAUCCGAAGCAAGUGUUCAGGGAGCAGUUGAAGGACACAGCCAGGAUCAUCCACAAGAUCCAACAUAAUGAGAAGCUGAAUUACAACCAGAGAAUGGUCCGAAAAGCCAUCAUCACGCCAACAAAGAUGUAUUAUCUGGGGCCACAGCUUGAGCUUGCUAACCGUAUAUUGCGAACGUACAAAGCGUAUCACAAUCAGUUUAUGCGAGUCACAUUCUGUGAUGAUGAUUUCACCCAAAUGAGUGGAGUCCACACAGACCUUCUCUUCAAUCGGAUUGAGGCCAUUUUUGCAGCGGGGCUCCCCGUUGCCGGGAAAACAUUUCAGUUUCUGCAUUACUCGAAUAGCUCCAUGAGAACCUCUGGAUGCUGGUUCAUUUCUCCUUUUUUCCAUGAUGAGAAAAGAGUUUUGAUUGACGCCAACUAUGUUUACAAGACCAUGGGCGAUUUCACUGGCAUCAAUAAUCCAGCGACAUUAGGCGCUCGAAUGGCCCAAUGCUUCAGCUCUACAACGGUGACUGGCAAAAUGGCGGACGAACGCAUUCGGUAUAUUCCUGAUAUUGAGAAGAAUGGUUUUUGCUUCAGUGAUGGGGUGGGCCGAAUAGGAAAGACUGUUGCGUUCAAUAACUGUGGGGAACUCAAAAAAUAUAUGCGAGUGAGAGGUAGACUACCUUCUGCGUUCCAGUUUCGCAUGGCUGGUGCCAAAGGAGUUCUUACAGUCGACCACAACAUACCAAGGAACGAGGUACAUCUUCGGCCAAGCCAAGUAAAGUUCAAAUCCGGGCAUUAUGCUCUAGAGGUUUGCCGCACUAGUUUUUAUAGUCCUGGCUACCUCAACCAUCAGUACGUCAUUCUACUUGAAACACUUGGUGUCCACAAGCAGGUGUUCUUGGAUCUGCGCGACGAGACAAUUCGAGACCUUGAUCGGGCACUCCAAAACCCAGCUGAUGCCAUUAAAGUCUUGAGUGAAAACCAAGAUGAAGAAGGAGUGUGUCAUACUUUGAUAACAAUGAUCAAGGCUGGCUUCUUCGAUGCCAAGGAGCCAUAUUUGAUGAACCUUUUAAAGCUUUUUCGCGCUCUUCAGCUACGAGAGCUGAAGAGAAGGGCCAAAAUUCUUGUCAAACAAGGAUGCACUCUGAUCGGCGUAAUGGAUGAAAGCGGUAAACUACCAGCGGGGAACUUGUUCGUUCAGUUUACAAAUCCGCUGACGGACGCUAGGGAGAUUGUCAAAGGUCGUGCGGCUAUAAUGCGCGCGCCAUGUCUGCAUCCAGGAGACGUUCAAGUGGUUGAUUGUGUGGAUAUUCCGGAGUUGCAUCACCUUGUGGAUGUGGUCGUUUUCUCACAGCACGGUGAAAGGCCGUUACCAGAUAUGCUCUCUGGCGGCGACCUUGACGGCGAUACAUUCUUCGUCACAUGGGAUCCUCGCCUCAUCCCCAAGAAGACCCAUAAACCCAUGGAUUACGCCGCUGCCGCCCCUGCACAUCCCCAAGGAAGCAAUAUAGCUCAAGUUAGGCGACAUUUUAUCAAUUAUCUGAAGAACAACAAUCUAGGCCAAAUUGAUAACGCAUGGAAGGCGUGGGCUGAUAAAAGUGAUAUAGGUGCUAGAGACCCGCGUGCCUUGAGAUUAGCUGAACUGCACUCUGAUGCUGUCGACUUUGCGAAAAAGGGUAUCCCCGCUAUCAUGGAAAGCGCGCUGCGUCCCAAAACAUGGCCGGAUUACAUGGAAAAGCCGGAAGCCAAGUCCUACCGAAGCGAAAAGGCUGCCGGGGAAAUAUAUCGAAGCGUGUCUGUGGACCUUGAACUAUCGAAAGAAUUCCAGCCGCUUCCGCAGCUUAUUUUUCCAGGGUAUGAGCAAUAUCUACAAGACGCUCGCGAUCAAAAGAUGCAGUAUGAUACGGAAAUUUGUGCUCUCAUGAAUCAAUACAGUAUCAAAUCCGAAUUCGAGCUUGUGUCCGGCUACAUAUUCAAGCUAUCGGAAUUAGAAUUAAAAAAGCGCCCUCAAGAGCUUAAGGAGCAGGUGAUGCACGCGGUUCUCGCGAUCCAGAGACGUUAUCGGGAGCGAUUCUGGACACAGGACCUUGUACCCAACCAAGAUAAAUCACUGCUCAUGAAUAAGGAGUCUGUGAUUGGAUUUGAAACGCCAUUGCCAAGAGAAAUAUGUUGCAAGGCAUCGGCGUGGUACAUGGCAGCUUACAACCCUUCUGAGACUCAAGUUCAUCGGGACGAUCCUGGUGAGGAAAAUGAAGAAACAAUUGCAGCGGACAGGCGCCGGAAAGCGAAUGAAAAGUCGGAUGCAGAGUACGAGAGGAUCGAUUGGGACAUGCGCGGACAAUUUUACAGUUUUCCUUGGAUAUUGUAUGACGUCCUCUCAAAUCUUUACCGUCAGUCAUGCCCGUCAAAAGAGGAUUACCUUGGUGGAUAUGAAUACGCACAACAGACGUCCGAUUCAAAUUGGCAGAGUGGAAAGUACAAGCCCGGGACGUUUGACGAGGCGACGGAGAGGAUACUAAAGGUUGCAGGGUAUGAUACAAUGUGGUCAUGAUUUGUAGGAAGGCGUAUGUUGCUUGAACUAUUGUUGUUUCCUUUUCUGUUUAUCGUUGGUGUAUUAUAAUAUUUCUCCUCUUGCGCAUCCCAUUAAGACAAAUAUAUGUGGCACAUUUCCAUUGCGG